AUGUCAAAUGUGGGACAAUUUGACUGCGAUUUUUACCAAUCUAAUUAUACUAUUGAUAAUCAGGAGCAGAGUUCUGAAGAUUCUAAUAUGUAUGCAUAUGUUUAUGGAUAUAGAAAACCACCAGCCAGCCAGCAGCCUCCGCCUGCCUUUGUCCCAGCAGAGAUGCUGACGUCAUCAGGUUACGAGGGACAAUAUUUUCAGCCAGCAUCCAACCCGGAUUAUUAUUCACAAUCUUCUUACAUUGACAGUUUUGAGGAAGAGCCUCCUUUGCUAGAAGAACUUGGAAUUAAUUUUGAUCACAUAUGGCAAAAAACCUUGACCGUGUUAAACCCGCUGAAACCAGCAGAUGGCAGCAUUAUGAAUGAAACGGACCUCACUGGGCCUAUCCUGUUUUGUAUCUCUCUGGGAGCCACCUUGCUUCUGGCAGGAAAAGUUCAGUUCGGUUAUGUGUAUGGCAUGAGUGCCAUAGGUUGCCUGGGGAUUCACACCUUACUAAACUUGAUGAGCUCUUCAGGGGCGUCUUACGGCUGCGUGGCAAGUGUCCUGGGCUACUGUCUGCUCCCCAUGGUCAUCCUGUCCAGCUGCGCCAUCUUCUUUUCACUGCAGGGCACCUUCGGAACUGUGUUGGCACUGGUCAUUGUUGGCUGGUGUAGUCUGUCGGCUUCCAAAAUCUUCAGUUCCGCCUUGGGCAUGGAGGGACAACAGCUUCUCAUUGCCUACCCUUGUGGCUUACUUUAUGGACUUUUUGCCUUCCUAACAGUUUUCUGAAGAGUAUUUGAGAUGGCGUUUCAAGAUUCUAUUUGUUUCCUGUUCAUAUUAUCCUGGAAAUGUGUUAGCAUUCAAAUUCGGUAAUAUGAUUUCUGCUUUAUUGCUGUUGAGAGAAUAAUAAGCAAAGAGACAAAACAGCACUUAAGGCUGGUACUUUAAUAACUUGUUUGGUUUGAAUGAUGUUUUGCUUUUUGGUUUGGUGCAUUAAAACAUUUUAGAAUGCUUUAAAAUCAAAGGGGAUAUAGUUGUUGUACUGAUGCUGUACCCUGCUUUUCUCAAUGGAUCUAUUUUUAAGAAAUUGUAAGUAAAUAAAAUCAUAUGAUGACUGUGUAAAGUAAA